UUAUGAUUAAAAGGCUUUUUGAGAACUAUGUGCCAUAAAUUAAUCUAUGUAUUAUCACAUUGUAAUAAUACUUUAUGUAAUUACUCCGAUUUUAUAUUUUGCUUUUCUCUAAUCUCUAAUCUGUUUCGCCUCUUCUUUUAAGUUCGGUGACUGGUUAGAACAGUCACUCAGCCACGUUGCUGUUACAAAAUGACUGUAGAAAUCUGUCCUCUUUUGACAAUUUAUGCCUUAGAUCUUCGCAGCAGCACUGUCGACUUUGCGUCAAUUUUUAGAAGAAGAUGGAAUUCCCUCUACUUUCUUUUUCUAUGGUUUUUAGUUUGUGACAGUUUGUGAUCUUUGUCGAAUGUUUUGUGUUUGUAGGAGAGUGAGAUCGGCCCAAAGAGCAAUGUGCUACGAAUAAGUAUCGUAAAAUAAAAACUCCUAAAAAUGUGCUUGUAAUUAGCUAGUUUCAUAGUGUCGUAUAAUGCACACAUUAUUAGUCACUGGACGAUUGUUAUCAAGGGCACUUUGGAAUGGAAUUGCGAAUGUAUCAUCAACACCAGAGCCCAACAUCCAUAGGAAAAACGAGUCACAAUUAAUAUCCGCGGUUUGCGGCUUUUCCAAAGAGAGACAAAUCCAAAGACUGAUCAAAGGGCAAUUCGGAGACGAUGCCUGGUUCUCGGCCAAGUACAAAACGGCCGAUGUUUUGGGUGUUGCAGAUGGUGUGGGAGGUUGGAGAGCGUACGGAAUCGAUCCCGGCGAAUUUUCCCUGCAGUUGAUGAAAACCUGCGAACGUUUAGUUAAUUUAGGCCUUUUUACACCGACGAAUCCAUCCGAGCUCCUGGCGAAAAGUUACUGCGAACUUUUACAUCAUAAAAAAGCCAUUCUGGGGAGCAGUACCGCGUGCGUCGUGAUUCUCAAUCGAGACAACAACACAUUGUACACUGCCAAUAUCGGCGACAGCGGCUUCAUGGUGGUCAGACGGGGCAAAGUGAUCAGACGGUCCGAGGAGCAACAGCACUACUUCAACACGCCCUUCCAGCUGUCGCUGCCGCCGCCCGGCUACAGGCAGGAGGUGCUCAGCGACCGGCCGGACGCCGCCCUCACCGAUAACAUACCCGUCGAGGACGGCGACGUCAUCUUGGUGGCCACCGACGGCGUCUUCGACAAUCUCCCGCAGAGUAUAAUAGUCAAUGAAUUGAUUAAGGUGCAAGGAGAAAGGUGCGCGGGGCGACUGCAAAUGGUAGCUAAUUCGUUGGCGUGGAUGGCGAGAAAUCUUUCAUUCGAUGAAACUUUUAUAUCGCCCUUCGCCGAGAGCGCCUUCUUCAACGGGAUUAAUACGAUAGGUGGUAAACCGGACGACAUAACCGUCGUAUUAGCAACGGUCGCAAUAUGAAAUAACAUAAAAUGUUGGUAGAAAACGGUAAAUGUUUGGUUCUUCCGUACCGAAUCAAUCGAUUUUAGGAGGGCUUGUGAACUAUUUUUUUGCAUUUUGGGCGUAUUUUUGUACACCAUAUUACCACAUCGGAAAUGCAAACGUGAUUUGUUGUUUUACAGUUUUUUUUUUGUUAAACUUCGGGUGUUUAUUAUUUUAAAUCCAUCUCAUCUUAUAUUUUCAUGUCGUUCCUCGCUUAUAUUUAUUUUAUUUCUCUCCUAUUUGUAAGUAAAUUAAUUCAAACUAUUGUUUUGGUAGGCUUAUCUCUAAUCUAGUUUUUAUGACUAAAAAUAUGUUAUGGUCAUUGUCGAUGCUUAAAAACAUAAGAAUCCAUUUGAUUGACAGUUAUUUUAGGAUUUUUUCCUUAAAAAAAUUAUCUUGAUCUCUUCAUCAAAUCACAUCUCUUAUAUUCUUUUUCUCCUACAAACCAAUCGCGUUCAAACAACUCCUUUAAUUUUUAUUUCUUUUCUUCACACUAGAAAAUUCAUCGAAUGUCCUUCUUUAGCUGUAUUGAAGCUUCGCUGAAUUAUGUUACGCUCAAAAAAACAUGCAAGUUUAUCUAGGAUUUUAACGUAUUUAUAUUUAUUUUCAACUGUUGAAUGUUUGUAGAAUAACACUUCGAAUCCGAAAUGCGGAUAGCGUAACGCGCAUUUGUAUUUUUAGAAACAACGGGCCGAUUUCAUUACUUAAUUAGAUUUAAAUUUAGAGAAAAAUUGCGUCAAGUCAAUUUAGAGCGGGUCUGAAUGGAAUACGAGAAGCAAUAAGGGCGAAACAGCCGAGGAAAUAUGCACUAAAAUGAUGAGAUUGUGUAGAAAUAACCUCCAAGCGAGACUAAACAGUAAAUUUAAACGCUUAAAGCACUUGAUGUUGCAACAUUUUGGGCUAAGAAUGUUUUCAUUCUAAGCUUUUAUUGUUGAAAACAUUAAUAAAAUCGAGCAAGUAAACAUAUUUCUUGCAACUCGAUGGUGUUAAUUUAAAUUCGCAUUAAACCAAAAAAGGGCUGUUACUGUUUGUGAUCGAAACUUUCUUGUCUUGUUUAACGUAACUUUCUUUUAGAUUGCAACAGCCACCUGUCUCCUGAAACCUAAUAUUUAGGCUUCGGUCUUUAACUUUCAUUGUAACUUUCCAUUCUAAGUGUAUCUUAAUUGAGCUGUAUACUCGACACUUGUUUAUUUGCAACUAGAAAUGCAGAUUUUAGUUAUUAAUAAAUAUCUUGUUAUUGAACAAUUUCUUUCUCAAUCGAUCCUUCUUCGACAAUUCCAAUUGGCGGGAAACGGAUUUGAAAAAAUUAAUUUAGCGAAACAUGAAUUACUGAAAACAAUUUUUUUAUUACUAAUAAACACCAAUAAAUAAGAGGAAAAUAUGUAUUAACAA